GUUGCGGUUGUGUUGCAGCAACGUCAAAACACCUUACACCCACGUGGGUUUUGGCGCAUGGGCGGGCGCAUGGGUUGCAACAAAGAAUUGCUUUUGGUGGUUGCAUUUGGCAUCAUCGCUUUUGCCCUUGCAGACACCUGCUUGGUUGAUGCUAUCCCUGAAGACCAACGAAAGUACUUGGUGAAUGACGGAGAAAGUUACCCACUGGGCUUGUGGAUCAACGGUUGGCCUGCGGGCUUCGUGACGGCCCACGUGGUCUGGAUCUUGCUGGAAGACAUGCUUGGCUUUCAUGUGCAAGCGACUGGUGUCGGGUCGAUGACCGUGGAUUCCUUUUAUGCGAUGGCGGGGUGCCGUACUCCGACGCAGGUCCAGGACCGAGGCUGCACGCCGGCGCCCAGCUCGACUCGCAGCCACAUCAGUGUGGAGGGAUGGACCGAGUCGUAUGUCGCGGAAUGGGCAGAGGUUCAACGAGACCUGCCACACACCGCACCCAGAAACCUAGGCAAGAUGGGUUAUUUCGGCAGGACCUCAAUGCAUUUGCCCUCCAGCAUCCAAGAAGCCGCCUACAGAGAUGAAGGUUGGAUCUUGGAAUUUUAUCGAGGCUAUAACGUCUCUUGGACCAAUCCGGCCAAGUACUUUGAUCCACUUGAGUUGAUCAAUCGAUCUUUGCUGCUGCCCUGCAAUGAGACCAGGCUCCUAGCCUCCGAGGCCAUGGAGUUCUAUGCAAGUAUCACCGGCGACUGGGAUGGUGUCGAAGUCGAGGUUCCGCACAGAGUGAGGGGCAAGUGCUUUGGCGACUACUUCUGGUACCCACCUGGUUGUCGAGAGAAUCCGUCGCAGUGCGUCCCCUUCAUCACCGGCGGAAGUGGUUGGAAUCUGGAUGAGACGAUGCAGAAGGCGACUGCGUGGAACAUGCCCAUCACGCCGGCCGUGGCCAAGGAUUGGACGACGUACACAAAGCUUCCAUUGCAGGUUCGGAGUACCUUCUACUGGUGGGUUCCAGACCCCACCUUUCUGAGAUUGAAGCCGGUGGAGAUCAGCUUUCCCCCCUUUGACCGCAUGGCCACCCUGCGUGGGGACAAGAGAACGGCCCCCAGUGACAUGAGCCUGGACAAGUAUGUCAGCAAGGACCUGAGCGUCUUGGCUCCGGAAGCACAGGGGUUAGCCGAAGCAUUUCUACUUGACUUGCAGACGGUGAAUGACAUGCUCCUGGACCUCAUCACCACAGGAGAUUCUUAUCGUGAUGUGGCAUGCCGUUGGCUUAGGGCCAAUGAAGAUCUGUGGAGGUCUUGGCUACCAGACCCGACCGCCUGUUACGCUCAGUUUGGCUUGUACCAUUUGACCAGCAGGCAAUUUGUGAAAGAUCGAGAGGAUAUGAGAAAUCUGGUGUGCAAGGCAUGCCCCUCAGGCACCUAUUCUAAGAAACUGGUGGACAGAAAAGGCUUGACUAACAUUUGUGAAUCUUGUCCCAUUGGCACGGCCCAAGCAUCUGGCGCUUCACUCGCCUGUGAGCCUUGCAACUCCGGAUAUUACCAAGAUAUCAACGGCAGCACAUCGUGUAAGCGAUGCGGAAUUGGGAAGUACCAAGACGGUGAAGGUGAAGAUGGCUGCAAGCCGUGUCCUGUGGGUACUACCACCUUGGGCUUUGGUUCCAAAUCUUCUUCUGACUGUGUGUGCCAUGAGCACUACAUCAAUGUGGAGACUGAACAUACAGCGGUAGCUAAGUGCAUGGCCUGCACAGAAGGCUUGCAUUGCCCCCUCGGCUCUAGCUUGGAAAGCCUGAAGAGUGGAUACUCUGACAUUGGUGAGGCCUACACUCCAAGCCUCGAGAAAGGCUUCUUUGCGACGCGGGAGGAGCCCAUGGCCGUCUUCAAGCGUGGGGCGAAGGAGCAUUGUCCAGGUGGACCGCCCGGAGAAUGCGCUGGUGGCCGUGAGUUGGUGCCAUGUUCCGAGUGCCCAGCAGGGACCUCUUGUGUGGCGGACACAUGUAUGGGCUGCGAGAGGUGGAAGAUGGCUUUGUGGCUUUGCUUGCUGUUGCUGUUGAUGGCGGGGCUCAGCUUGGCCUACUAUGUGAUGAAUCCCCCCUUGAGGUCGAAGGCCUCACCGAGGGAGGCCAUGGGCAUUUGCUUUGGCAUCGGUGUGAGCUUGGUCCAAAACUUGGCCAUCAUGGGCUUGAUGACUGUGAAGUGGUCUGGCAGCUUCCAAACCGUGUCGGAUGCGUCUCGAAUUUUCCUGCUUGAUGUCGAGAACCUGUCCGUGUCCUGCCUGGUGAAUGGCCCCACAUCAUUGCGCUACAUCUCUUCAGUCUUGGUCUUCCCUGCCGGACUUUCGUGGUUGGCCUUUUGCUUCGUGGUGUCCAAACGAGCCCCUGCAGCCUGUCGUUUGCGUGGUCACGUUUGGUCAGAAGACAAGACCAAGAAUACGAUGGGACACUUCUUACAGGUUGGCUUCAGUACCAUGGCAGCUUUAGUUUUGCAGCCACUAAUGUGCUAUGCACAUCCCAAUGGCCUCCGAAGCCUGUUGAAACAUCCAGGGGUGCUUUGUGGAAGUGACACACAUUCGAUGAUGCUGGUCGCUGGGCUUUUGCUGCUCGUGGCCUUUGUCUUGAGCUUUAUCGGAGCCUGUGCAUGGGCAGCAUACAAACUUCCUGCUUGGAGCGCAACGAAUCCAAAGGCUGUGGUCAGCAGCGCUUUCCUUUUCAAUCGUUUCCGACGGGAUCGUUGGUGGUAUGGCGUGCCUCUCCUUCUGCGUGGGCCGAUGCUCUCACUUUCCGUGGUGUGCGCCACCAACUUUCCAGCUGCACAAGUUGCUGCGGGCACCGUGAUCAUCGCAGCGUCUUUGAUCCUACAGAUUUUUUCAUGGCCAUGGAAGUUGCCAUUGCUGAAUUUGUUGGACACCGCGGUGUUGUCGAUGUUGCUCUUGCUCAUCAGUCUGACCCCAUCAGUGGAGACUUUAGACGCCAUGAAGGAAUCGGAGGCUUUUCACGAGGUGAUCUCCUUCCUUCUUCUGAUGUUCAUGGCCACUGCACUUUUGGUGGUGCUUGGAGUUCUGAGCUUUGCUGUGGUAGACCAUGUUCUUCGGAAGAAGCGGGUGGAAUACGCGUUUCUUAACCUGAGCCGUUUGCAAUCUCAUUUGGUCUCGCAGAUGUUGAGAGACACGGCCGCUGAGUUGAUGAACACUCCACAAGAGUUGAUGGAGAAAGGCUUUGGCAGGUUGAACCCCAUGGACUUGGAACGCAUCCACUUUUGCAUCGGACUGAUCUCCCUGGAGCUCCUGGACGACACUCGGAGCAGUCGCCUGAAUCGGAUCAAAGCCCAGCGCGCGACCCGCGCGACCCGCUUGAGCCUGACCUUCGGCGACGGGGGAGCCUCGACCGCCGCGGUGGCGAAGAUGGAGAACUGGGAGGGCGUCGAGGCCGCCUGUGACGUGGAGGUGCCGAGCGAGAACCACGCCGCGUUGGCUCCGAGUGUCCCCGGUGACGUGGAGAAGGUUGUGAUUGGCCUUUGAGGUGUCACAGGGUCGACCGGAGCGAAGACGAUGCGGCAGGUUCGAAAAUGAAUCACGGUAGACCAUUUGAGUGAGUGCAAAUCACCAAGCAAUUUCCCAAGGAAAUGCUUGGUCUUGCCCGUAGCAAUUUCCAAAAGGAAAUGCUGGGGCUUGACCCUUGACCAACAGAAAUCUGACUUUGGUCAGAUUGGCUUUGUCAUGCUUUGUCCACUUCUUAGCAAAUUGCGCAGUGCUGGCACUGCCAUUUGAUCAUUUGAUCGAACCACUGCCAACCAGCCCAGUUCCGGAACUUGGCCUCACGCGACUCAAAGGUGUGUGCCAUCGACCCAGACAGCGCCGCUGUUUGGGUCCAACGGUCAACGCCUCGGCUGGGCCGUUCUGGUCUCGCCGAUUCGCUGGUCGUCACUUGGUUCGGCCACCGAAGAACUGCGCCAGUUCGUGCGCACCGAACUGAGCCGGCUCGUGUUUUCAGUGGCUCAACGGAAUAGACUGGUUCAGGACAUGUCCGAACGAGUGGAGAGUCUGGAGGGUCAUCUGCCUCAGAUACUCUCAGGUUUGCGCUUCGUUCUCUUUUUGCCGGGAUGCACAUGAAAGCUAGGCUUUCUGGGUUGAAUCUUUCAUGUAGAAAGUUGAAUCCUUUGUUUUCAUUCCAUGAGUUUAAGCAGUUCCUGGAAAGCGGGCGACUGAAACUGCU